AGAGUUCGCCGAUGUCAGCUCGAAACUUCCCCCCCUCGUUCUGGAACAGCCAGCAUUACAGCGGCGCCGCCGGCACCGGCCACCACGGCGCCUCCGCCGCCGACCUUUACUCCGAGCACUACCACCCCGGCGACGCCUGGUACCAGUACAGCCAGCACCACCGGGCAGUGCACGAUUACCACCACCACAACAUGGCGGCUCAAUACGGGGGCCUCCUCUUGCCGGGUUCUAGGUUACACAUGAGCUCCCACGCUCCCUGUAAGGCGAUGGACUGGCAGCACCCCUCGAUUGAGUCGCCGUACUCGUCAUACCCCACCAUGUCAG